AAUCUUUUUUAAUAAAUUUAAAAAAUAACUAGUAUACGGGAACAAGUGUAUAAAAAUACAAUAAACAGAAACAGUGCCUUAGUAGAAUGUUUAUUUAAGAAGAAAAGGGAUAUAAAACAGAGACCACGGCGACAAAAUGCCAAAAAACUUGUUGCUUUUCAAAAAGUUAAUACCUGAAAUAAACUUCGCGAAAAGAAACCUUACAACGCCGCUCGGCCGGUACAUAUACUAUAUCAGUUAAAAUUUACAAUAGUGGUGCUUUAUAAUCAACCAAGUUGAAACAUAAAUAGUGCCAUAAAGUUUUCUCGAAGAAAACCAACUUAUGGUUAGCUAGACGUUGCCUUACGACAUAGUCGCUUGGAAUUCGUGAAGGAACACCAAACCGCAGUGAUAUCUGUCUAGUGUAAGCCAUGCGAAUACGAUUCGAUUUUCAAAAUCAUUGGCUGAAAAGAAUUUAAAUUUAAAAGAAGAAGAAAAAAGAAAUGAUGAAUAACAAUCAGUUCCACGAGUUGUUCGGGUCUCAGUGGCCUCCCGACCAGCACGGGGGUCACUCGUCGGCCUCGACGCUCCUGCAUCAGGGGCAGCUGCCCCAGGGGAUGCUGAAGCGGGAGCCGCACGAGGUCCAGGGGGUGAUGGGGCAGAUGGGCAUGGACCCGGUGGCGGACAGCACCUCCCCGCCCCCCGGGGACGGGAUGUUCGGGUCUACGAUCUCAGGAAUGUUCUUGGAUAAGAAAUCUGCUAACUCUAUAAGAGCUCAAAUCGAGAUCAUACCAUGCAAGGUGUGCGGAGACAAGUCGUCGGGGGUCCACUACGGUGUGAUCACCUGCGAGGGAUGCAAGGGAUUCUUCAGACGGUCACAGAGCACAGUGGUGAACUACCAGUGUCCACGGAACAAGGCGUGCGUGGUGGACAGGGUGAACAGAAACCGGUGCCAGUACUGCAGGCUGCAGAAGUGUUUGAAGCUGGGGAUGAGCCGUGAUGCUGUCAAAUUUGGCCGUAUGUCUAAAAAGCAGCGGGAAAAAGUGCAAGAGGAGGUGAAAGCUGUACAACUGCGCACUCAAAUAGAAGCAGCCCCGGACUCUGUGUAUGACGCACAACGCCAGACGCCCAGCUCGAGCGACCAAUUCCAUGGACAUUACAACGGUUAUCCCGGUUACGGAUCGCCGCUAUCCUCAUACAGUUACAACAACACGGCCCCAGCGCUAACAUCCAACAUGAAUCUACAUCAACAACCACAACAGUAUGACGUGUCAGCUGAUUAUGUUGACUCUACUACAUAUGAGCCGAAACAGACUGGAUUUUUGGACACAGACUUCAUUGGGAACGCUGAAGGUGACAUAAGCAAGGUGCUGGUGAAGAGCUUGGCUGAAGCUCACGCGAACACAAAUCCAAAACUGGAAUAUAUACACGAGAUGUUUAGAAAGCCGCCAGAUGUGCCUAAGCUAUUAUUCUACAACUCAAUGACAUACGAGGAAAUGUGGCUGGACUGCGCGGACAAGCUGACCGCCAUGAUACAGAACAUCAUUGAGUUCGCUAAACUCAUACCUGGUUUCAUGAAGCUGAGUCAGGAUGAUCAGAUACUGCUUUUGAAGUCAGGAUCGUUCGAGCUGGCCAUAGUGCGUCUAUCUCGACUCAUUGACAUCAACCGGGAACAAGUGUUGUAUGGGGACGUUGUACUGCCGAUACGGGAGUGUGUGCAUGCUAGGGACCCACGUGACAUGGCGCUAGUAUCUGGUAUCUUUGACGUAGCCAAGUCGAUCGCGAGACUGAAACUAACUGAGACGGAGCUGGCUUUGUACCAGAGCCUUGUGCUGUUGUGGCCAGAGCGGCACGGAGUCCGCGGUAACUCUGAAAUCCAAUGUCUGUUCAACAUGUCGAUGGCGGCCAUGCGCCACGAGAUCGAGACCAACCACGCGCCCAUCAAGGGUGACGUCACCGUGCUCGAUACACUCAUGGCUAAGAUAAAUACAUUCAGAGAACUAUCGCUGAUGCACUUAGAAGCGCUCUGCCGUUUCAAGGCCGCUCACCCACACCACGUGUUCCCAGCCCUUUACAAAGAACUGUUCUCUUUAGACAACGUCCUAGACUACACACACGGAUAAACAAACAGACAAACAAACACGACUUCGUAUUCUACCCUCGUAAGGGACUUUAAAGACUUUCAUUUACUCUACUGUUUUUACAUUUACUAAAACUGACGACGCGACGGACAAAUGUUGUUUAUUAUGUGUAUGUAUGUAAUCUGAGACUGUUACGACUUACGUAUAUACUUACAAUUUAAUAUAUAAAAUGUUUAUUUAAUACGUAUAAAUGUCCGUCCGUCGACAGUUUUGUAUACAAUAUAGUUAUGACGUUUCGGCUUCGACGAAUAUAACUUUCGUAUUAAAACUACGAAUACAUAACGUAAUGUUAAAAUGUUGCUUUGUGUAUUACGUAGACGAAUAUAAUUAUAAUAAAAUGUAUCUAACACGAUGAUGGAAUAAUAAUAAUUAUUAUAUAAAUAUAUAAUAAUAGAAAUAGAGUUUUUAUUAAGAAAUAAAUAAAGGAGUUAUAAAUGAGUAGCGGAGUAAAGAUCACACAAUGUUUUUCUUUAGGAACGUUUAAAAUAGGUUUUUUAAUUAUUUUAACAGUUUUAUGAAUUGUAACUUGUUAUUUAUUUCAAAUGAUUAUUAAUAUUGACGUUUUUUAUUUCGAUUUAAGAUCGAUUAUGUUAUAUAGGAAUACAGAUACUGCCCAAUUCUUUUUUGUAGAUUCUUUUUAGUUUUUUUUUAUGUGUCGAACAGAGGCGAUGGAAAAUUCAUGAAUAUUAUUAAAAUAUAUUAUUUUUUAAUAAGUUGCGUAAUAAUUGAACAAAAUCAGGAGAGCAAUUGUAUUAUAUUAUUAUUAGUGUCUCAAAUCUUACUAUGGCGGCGUUUUUCCGCUUAUAUAUUUAUGUGUUCUUAAUUUAUUUUUGCAAUAUUUUUUUUUCAAUUAUAUUAUUGUUUUUUUUUCUACAAUCCGUGUAUAGUAAGAUUUGAUUUUUUUUAACAUCUCACAGUCAAAAUAAUUUGUACUGUAUCAGCAGGCAAUUUAUUUUUUUCUUAUAAUAAUUUUGAUCUCAAUGCAAAUAUAUAUAUUGUCCCUUCUUUUGGGUGCCAUGUUUGGUUUUUUUAAUAAUAAAAGCACACGUAACGCAUAAUAUUUUUUUUAAUUGUUUUUAUUUUAUUUUUUACUUACUUCGUAUACGUAAAUUUUUUAAGCUGUACGCUUUUUUUGGAACGUAAAUUGCCUGCUACAUUAUUUAGAAUUAUUAAUAAUUAUCAAUUUUUCUAACAUUACGCUAAGUUAUGUGAAAUAGCCUUUACUAUAUAGACUGGUUUAUAUUAAUGUUAAAUCUUAUAAAACUUAACGCGUAUUUUGUAAAUAGUUAUUAAUAAUAUGUAUUUUAUAUUAAAUGUCAUAUAAGGUUCGAUGGGUUAUUUUUAAUUUUUACAUUCUAUUAAAAGUAUAUAAAAAACAAAUUUUCCACAAUGUUACGAGAUCGACGUAUUGUAUGUGAAAAUGUUGUUUUUACUUAUAUAUAUUAUAUAUUUUUUGUUAAAUAAAGCAAUCUGUUAUUGUCUA